CUGACGUCACGGUCAGCUGAUCGCGUGAAGUUGCCUGCAAGCAGCAGUGUCAGUUCGUCUAUUAUUGUUGCGUCUCCCCGUGGCGUUUCUUGUUUUCCUCAACGACCACGACUCAUUCUAUUUAGUCUAUUCGGUCGCCUCCAGUUUCCGAGUCUCUUCCAGUUUCGUUUCUCGAGACAUUUUGCUCCGUUCUCCCUCGAUAGCCCGGAGAAAAUCGACAUGGGUCUCGCGUGCUCAACGGCUCAGCUUGCGUGCUUGUGCGGAAGCACAGCUUGCAGCUUUUGCUGCUCUCAAUGUCCCUCAUGCAGGAACAGCACGAGCACUCGCAUCAUGUAUGCGCUGCUCUUGUUGCUAGGAACUAUCGCAGCCUGUAUCACUCUGGCUCCUGGUCUCCAAAAUGCUCUUAAAAAGGUCCCAUUCUGUGCAAACAGCUCUACUUAUGUUCCAUCGGAGAUCAUUCCAUCUCUCGACUGUGACUUUGCAGUCGGUUAUUUAGCUGUUUAUAGAAUAUGCUUCAUUCUUUCCUUGUACUUUUUCUUGAUGUCUGUAAUAAUGAUCAGGGUAAAAAGUUCACGCGAUCCACGGGCAGCUAUACAAAAUGGAUUCUGGGCAAUCAAGUAUCUUUUGAUAAUUGGUGGAAUCAUUGGCGCUUUCUUCAUCCCGGAAAGAUCAUUCGGUUCUACUUGGAUGUAUUUUGGGAUGUUAGGAGGUUUCCUCUUUAUAAUUAUUCAGCUAAUUUUAAUUGUUGAUUUUGCCCAUUCUUGGGCUGAUGCUUGGGUAGGAACUUAUGAGGAAACCGAGUCAAAAGGAUGGUACGCUGCACUGUUAGGUGCAUCUGUCUUCAAUUAUGCUUUAUCUAUUACUGGAGUAGUGCUACUUUAUGUAUAUUAUACACAUCCAAGUGGGUGUGCCCUAAAUAAGUUUUUCAUUUCGUUUAAUUUGAUUUUGUGCGUCAUUGCCAGUAUUGUAUCAAUUUUACCGAAUGUGCAAGAACAUCAACCACGAUCUGGACUGCUUCAGUCUUCCAUUGUAACAUUAUAUGUGGUAUACUUAACAUGGAGCGGUAUAGCAAACAGCCCAGAUCUAGCGUGUAAUCCUGGUUUUCUCCCUGGUAUCUCAAAUCAUGAUGUCAAUACACAAAAAAAUCGUGUUACGUUUGAUAACGAAAGCAUUAUUGGACUAAUAAUAUGGUUUAGCUGCGUUUUAUACAGUUCCUUACGUACAGCGUCCAAAUCAUCAAAGAUUACAAUGUCUGAAAAUGUAUUAGUUCAGGAUAAUGGAGCUGUUAGGAAUGCGGCAGAGCAGUCUCUUAUCGGCAAUGAAGAUUAUACUGCAGUAGAAGGACGCAAUCCCGAUGCAGAAGAUGGAAACGAAGCUAAGGUUUGGGACAAUGAAGAAGAAAAAGUGGCAUACAACUGGAGUUUCUUCCAUCUUAUGUUUGCUCUUGCUACUUUGUAUGUUAUGAUGACACUCACUAACUGGUAUAAACCAAACUCCAGUUUGGAGACAUUAAAUGCAAACAAUGCUUCAAUGUGGGUGAAAAUUAUUUCUUCAUGGAUGUGUUUGGCUCUUUAUGUAUGGUCAUUGGUAGCGCCUGCCAUUUUCACGAAUAGAGAUUUCUCUUAAACUUCUGGAUUUAUUGUAAGCCAAAAUCCAAGUUUACAACAGCUAAAACAGCCUCAGUUUAGAGCUUUCUUGUAAUAUCAUCCGUCUUUUGCAAAACGUACGUAACUACAACUAUAAAAGAAGUUAAUGAGAACUGAUCUUACGAAUGAAUAUUAUUAAGGAUGUAGGAUUAGACAAUUGUCAUAUGUGAUAAUUUUUUUCAAUUUUAUGGGUGCGGUCAAAGUCUCACUACAAAUGUUUUGAAGCAUUUGAUUGACCAAUUAAAAGAAAGAAUUUUAUGAUUAAUUGAUCGAUCAAAGAAUGCUUAAAGCAUUUUUAGCAUUACGUUGACCCUACAUCAUGAUACAUAAAAAAUUAUUCUUCAAAAUAAUUUUUCUAUGAAGUGUUUACGUA